CUUGUGAGCCUGCAGCUUGGUGUCGUCCCGCCAGAGCGCCAGAGCCCCGGCAUAGGGAGCGCCCGUGACGAUGUAGCCAUCGAGAUCCAGGUCCUGGCCAAAGACGGCGGUAUACUGCUCUGUCUUGCGGAACCACUUGUCCCCUACGCGCUCCCAGUCGGCUCUUGCGUGAAGGGUGUCCAUUGCGCUGUCACCUCGCUCUCAUGACGGCAGACAAACAAGAAAAACGAAGAAGAACAAAGACGUGAUAUUUAUUGUAUGAGAUGAAUGAAGCUCAAGAGAGGUUGGAGAUCCGCAGCUAGCCACCAGAGCUCCGUCCAAUAAGAGGCGAGGCUAUUCGUCGGCUAAACCACAGCUUGCAUCAUCGCCCCAAAGGCUGUCACUCAUAGAGCGCAACCCCACUAGACUCACUGCAUGCUUGUACUUUUGGCUUCCAUCUCUCAUCAACUGUUUUCUUACUUGCAUACAGGAGGGGUUUGAGUAUGCCUUUGACUGCUACCACUUUAUAGAAGCAUAUACGCGUUAUUUUUUGUAUUCUUCCGCUUCCGCUCAGCCAUGCCCAACUGGAGAGACGAGUACCUCUCUUCCCUCAGGGAAUCAGAGCUCAACAAUCCCGUCAACAUGGAGCUCGUCCAAGCUUGUUCACAAAUGGCAGACCGUAUUUCAUCACUAGAAGCCGAAAAACUGACUCUGGAAUCCCUCCUCGCCGGCCAAGGCAACAACAACAACCGCUCAAAGUCGCCCUCCCUUCAGCCCGGCGAGGCAGCAGCCAACGACCCCGGCGUGGCUCAGCUGCGUCUUGAACUUGCCGAGGCAUUGCGCUCGCGAGGCGUGGCAGAGACGCGACUGCGGACUGCAGAGGAGGAGCUGGACAAGCUGCGCUCCAAGACGAAGCAGGAUACGCGAUCUCUCAAGGAUCUUACUACAGAAAGAACUUCUCUUGCUACGAAAGUGAAUGACCGAGAGUACGAGCUCAAAGAAAAGAGGAAGCUUGUUGAGCAAGUCCAAGACGAGAUGAUUGCGCUUAAUUUGCAGCUCUCCAUGGCUGAGAAGGAGAGAGAUAGGGUCAAGCAAGAGAACAAGGAGCUCAUCGACAGAUGGAUGAAGAGAAUGGCCCAAGAGGCAGACGCUAUGAAUCUCGCAAACGAACCAACACUGGGAAAGGGGCGGUAGUACCAACAAGACAAAAAAAAUUGUUUCCAUUUCAUAACAGCAUGAUAUCAUGGCGGUAAGGAUGCUUUGUUUCUUUCAUACAUAUUUUAUACAGUCAAGUUUGUUUCGUCGCUUCAUCUACUAACGCGUUGAUCUUUCGCUGUUGAUGACCGCUCUUCUUUCAAACAUUCUUUCAAGCAAAACAAGAAAAAAAUAAUUAUCCUCCAAUGUCGUUAACCCAAAUCCUCAGUUCC